GUGGACAUCAUGGACAUCUGUGAGUCCAUCCUGGAGAGGAAGUGGCACGACAGCGAGAGGUCUGCAUGUAGCAUCUUGGAGCAGACGGACAUGGAGGCCGUUGAGGCUCUUGUGUGCAUGAGUUCCUGGGGUCAGAGAGCCCAGAAAGGCGACCUGCUGAAGAUAAGACCCCUCACGCCUGUCUCUGACUCCGGCGACAUGGCUGUCACUGUGCUUGUGGACACAGCGCCCGAGCUACCAAAGGACUUUCAUUCUAUCUCAGCGCUGUGCAUGACACCUCCUCAGAGCCCGGACCUCAUGGAGCCGCUGCCAGGGGCGCCGGGCCCUCCCCAGGCAACCCGUCCCAAAGCACGCUCUGAGCCGGCCCCCGCCUCAGCAGCCACGGCCCUGAGCAAGAGAGCAGAGCGAGAAUCGCCAGGACACAAGCCCGAGCUGCUGGCGCCCGGUCGCCCCUGCAGGGCCGUGGUGACCAGUGUGAUUAGACACACGGGGGAGCGUCCUGUUGGCACCGGCUCCCCCGCUGCACAGCCCGGAGGAGGAGGACAGCCGGCUAGGGCCGUGAUCGGGGUGGGAGAGGCGUGGUUUCCGGGCCUGUCUGAAGCCCUGCAGGAUGUGCACCUCCAGGACAGCUUCCUCCGCACCAGCUCCACUUCCUGCCAGCCUUGCUCGAACAAGCCUGGUGGCCCUCUCCCCGCAGACACAGGCCAGCAGCUGGGGUGGCCCGCCCUGGAGGCCUGCUCACCGAAGAGUCCCAACAGUGGCCCGCCAAGGAAGAGCAGCCCCCAGCCAGGCCCUUUGGUCUCCAUGCCUGUUUCCAGCCCCCCUGUCCUCUGCCAGAUGAUCCCUGUGCCCGGGCAGGCUGGGGUGUUGCCGGCUUUCCUCAGGCCUCCUGUGCCGAUGCCCUCGGGGCCUGGCAAGCCUAUCCUGCCCCAAGCCUCACCUGCACCCGCACCCCAGCCCGUGUUUGUGGGCCCACCCGUGCCCGUCCCAGUCCCCGUGCCUGUGCCGCAGGGAGCCGUGAUGCUGGUCCUGCCCCCAGCUGCCAGCUGCCCGCCCAACGUCGUGGCUGUGGGCGGCACCAAGCUGCUGCCCCUUGCCCCCGCGCCCAUGUUCUUCGCCUCCAGCCAAAGCUGUGCCCCUCAGGCCGACUUCUCUCGGAGGAGAAACUACAUGUGCGACUUCCCGGGCUGCCGCAAGACCUACUUCAAGAGCUCCCACCUCAAGGCUCACCUGCGCACGCACACUGGGGAGAAGCCUUUCAGCUGCAGCUGGGCCGGCUGUGAGAAGAAGUUCGCCCGCUCGGAUGAACUGUCGCGCCACCGGCGCACGCACACAGGGGAGAAGAAGUUCGCCUGCCCCGUGUGCGAGCGGCGCUUCAUGCGCAGCGACCACCUGACCAAGCAUGCGCGGCGCCAUAUGAGCACCAAGAGGGUCCCAGGCUGGCAGGCGGAGGUGGGCAAGCUGAACGGGGGCGCAGUGGCCGAGGGCCCGGCCAGCCCCGAGGUGCCCCCACCCGCCUCACCCUGACUACCUGCUCCGAAGGGUCCCGGUCCUGUGUGGUCCCGUCUGGUCCCAUGAGCCCGGUCCCAGCCGCCGCCCCUUCCAAGGCCCAUGCCACUGCGGGCGGGUCAGGCCGGCACGAGCCAGUUCUGACAAGAGUUGUUCACUUCUUUUCUGUUUGGGACCCUGUUCCGCAUCCUUUGCAGUUUCACAGUUUCUUUCUGUUUAAGGAAAUGGGGAAGAUUGAUAAUCUGAAUCACCAGCAUUCACACACCAUUUUGGCAGUAAAGUUUACACAAUCUGGAUUUUUACAACCUUUUUAUUCAUGUUUUGUAGAGAUAAGACAGGGUACUAAUUUUAUACUGUUUUUUAUAAAAAUAUUUAUAUUGUUGGUGCUCAUAUCACCAGUUUCUAGAUAGAUCAUAUCCAGCCUUCUUUUUCGUGUUUAAUAACAGAGUUUUAUGCUGACCCUGCUUUUAGUCAGUGUGGGACAUAAAUCAGAAAAGAAUCCCGAGUUCGCAGCCAGGCCUUCCUGUGCCCAGCGUUUGGAGUGGGAACUGGGUGGCGGAGGGCCUCUUGGAGAGCAGGGAAGGCCGGGUCCUGCCGCCCUGGAGGUGGGGCCCCCGGAGUGCUGGGGUGCUGAUGUCUGGCUGAGGAAGAGCAGUUUGUGCCCCAGGUGCCGCACUCAGCCCACCGCCUGGUUGCGUGUCCGCUGCCUCUUGAUGUGGCCCCACCCGAUCUCUAGCAGGGCAGCUGCGCAGAAAGCAGGCACCCUGUGGUGGGACAGGCUGGCAGAGCUCAGCUCUCGGGAAGCCGGGAGCUCCGGUUCCGGUUCCGGUUCCCACAGGGAUCCCUUCACUGGGUGUGAAGACUGUAGGGAGCUUGUAGGCUGCUGCCACCGCUGCCGCUGCUGCUGGGCUCUAUCAGGAGUGGAAGAGUGAGAAUGCUGCCCUGCUUCAGUGCUGCAGCAGGGUGUGUUAUGUGCACUACGCAGGAUGUGUUAUGUGUUUAGCUGUUGGCUUUGCCUUCCGGUGAGCGCAGGGGAACUGCUGGCUGAUGGACUAAAGGUGGGAGUCGCCUUCAGGUCUGUGCAGUCUGCAGUGGUCCUUGCCGAGUCAUUCAGUGUUACCCGAUGCCCACUGAGUUGCACCAUCCUAUCAGCUGCUUUUCACCCCGUGUGCGUGCGUGCGUGCGUGUGUGCUUGCGUGCCGUUGCAGGUUCCCGCACCCUGGACAGUUUCGUAGUUAUGUGUUCCUAGAGCUUUGGGAAAACCGUACUGUGCAGAGCGCCUGUAUCCCCACUGCCAGUCCCCUCCCCUCACCCGAGGCUGGUGUGGCCACUGGCUGCUGUGUGUUGCCUUGGCUGGGAUCUGUGGCAGGGGACAGCGGCUGUGCCGGCUCCACUCUCCUCACGGUCCUUUCUCAGUGAAUGGGCCGGAAAUCGUUUUGAGUUUCAGCUCCCACUCCCUGAUUGACGGAGGGCGCUUGCUGUACGCAGCCUGUUUGCCUGUUGAGAGGUCGCAGGUUGGAAAACAGCUCCCAUCUGGCAACUGGGAGCGGACUCAGGCCUGCUGCCGCCUGCUGCCGCGCCUGCCCUUGGGCCCAUGCACUUUACCCCCCAGCGGGUUUGCUUGGUCUUUUUUGACUUUGAGCCUUUAAAGUAGUCUUAGUGAUAAAAUUUAAAAUGUUUCAUAAUUAUGUUUUAUGUAACAGAUUACAGCUUAUUAUUUAAACGAAUAUGUGUAAUGUAACUUUUUUCUUUAAAUGAUAUAAAAUUUUCUUGAUUUGCAAACUGGA